AUGUGGAAACAAUUUACGCACAAUGGAAAUUACAAAAUCAUCCUACUGCAUCUCGUAUUAAAUUACAACGCGCGCAUCGAACUAUUGGUAUGCGUCCCGUCGACAUUACCUUGCGAUCGCCGACAGGCGAUCUUAACCACGAUUUACAAUCACGUAAAAAUUGCCAUCCGCAUCCGAUACAAAGUGGGUGAUUCAGUACGCGUGAUCAAAUUUAAGACAGUCUUUGAUAAAGGACACGCCGAAUUGGAGCAGGAGGCGUUUAAAAUUAUUAAAGUGCAACAAACUAAUCCAGUGACGAAUCUUCUGGAAGAUUCUCGCGGAAAACCUAUUGCUGAAGGAAUACGAAUUGCAUAG